UUUUGUUGUUGUUUUGUUGUUGUUUGUGUGGAGAUUUUCACCGGAUAGUGUCGGUUCAGGAGCCGCAGCGCAUCUGGCAGAGCUGGUUCGGUGACCGGGUGCAGACAGGGCGGAAUGUUGGCCAUGCUCUGGCCGUCUGCAGCUCUCUGGAUCACGGCUGUGCUCCUCACGGGUCGGGCGGAGGCGCAGUACUCCAGCGACCAGUGCAGCUGGAGAGGAAGUGGUUUGAGCCAUGAGUCUCAUCGCAGAGAUGUGGAGCAGGUCUACCUUCGCUGCUCACAGGGGUCUCUGGAGUGGCUCUACCCCACCGGGGCCAUCAUUGUCAACCUGCGACCCAACACAGAGCUCUCAUGGAGACACACAGCAGGUGUUCAUGUGUGCAUCAAACCCCAGCCUUACUCCCAGGGUUCUCAUGUGUAUCUGGAGCAUAAAGGAGACCUGCAGAUGCUGCUUGCGGAGGAGGACCAAGUUCUUGGUACGGUGCGCUGUUUCAGUCUGGCAGGGGGGGCUCUGUUUGUGGAGGCCAUCCCACAGACAGACAUCAGCAGGAGGAUCACCGCUUUCCAGUAUGAGCUGGUGCCCGUCCAGGGACCAGGGGCCCACAUGUACCCGUACCUGAAUCCUGCUUCAGUUUCCUGUAAACCCUGUGCAGAUGAAGAAAUCCUAAUGGCAGUGUGUACCAGCGACUUUGCUGGCAGUGGUAUGUUUCGAGGGGUGGCAUCAACAAACAAGCACACCCUGCUUGUGGUGACCCUCAGUCGGCUGUUUCACCAGAAGAGCGGUGUGUUCGUUUGGGGUGGAGUCAGAGGUCGGGGCUGGAGUGGACGCAUGAACAUUCCCAGACAUUGUAGCAGGCUUCCRGGACAGGACGAGUACCUUCUAACUGGGUCCAUCCAUUUCGGCGAGGCAUGGCUCAGCUGUGCACCUCUGUACAAAGACUUCUUGAGACUAUACACAAAAGCACUGAAAAUGGGGACAAACCCAUGUCAGAUAGACAUAAACUAAGAUUUCAGAUAAAACUUUUUUAAAAAGUCUGCAUUCAAGGUGGCUGUUCAGUGUUUCAAUGUUCUGCAGCCAAAGAGGCUGAAUGUGCCACUUCCAUUUGACUACCUUUGUGUCCUGCAUGUGAGAAUUUGGUUGUAAAGGUGUGCAAAAGCAGCAAUGAAUGAGUGAAUAACUCAUUUACGUUUAAAAUAAGUGCCAAACCUAUUAGUUUUCAACUUAGGUGGUGAUAAAACUGCUGCUUUUGAAAUGAAUGUUUGCUUUGUAAAAAGCUUUUUGUAAAAUUUAAGUCUUCUGUCAGAAGUGAAUUGUACACAGCUCUGUGAGUCUUUAUGUACUGAAAUUGUGAGUUUUGCUAACUACUUUAAAUGUUAUCUGUAUAUUUUAUAGAAAAAUAAAUUGUUCUGUAUGUUUGGUCAGAAA